AAACUAUAUAAAAGGAGCCCCCUGGGCUGUGUGUCUUGGAGACUGAAUCACUGAGUGACCAUGGACGGCUUUCUGAAGAUUAUCCUUACACUUGGGGUGAGCUCAGUGGUAACCGCUGCUUAUCUACCCACAAUUCCUGAGACUAAUCAGAACAUAUCAGCCCUGGCAAUAACCUGUACUGACUACUACAACAAGGGAUCCAGUGAGGACUCAAUCUUCCAGCUAGAUGGCACCGAACAUGGGACAUUAAUAGACAAAGAUCCGACCUUCCAACAGCUCACUUUCAUAAUAAAGGAGACACGGUGUAAGAAAUCAGAGGAAAACAUCAACAAGCCGUGUGCUUUCAAAGAGGACGGAGUGGUAAAGCAGUGCACAGCAUCCAUUUUCCCUGGAGACGGAGAAAGAAAAAUGAUCGUUACAUGCGACACUUUGUAUCAAAACAACAAAAAGAAAAGAGAUACUUCCAACCCACCAUGUGAUUGUAGAUGUUGUUAUCUCAAAAAUAAUAAGUGUCGCAGGAGACCAGGGUGCGGGGGCUCAAUCGAAAGCCUUGAUAUAAAUAUUUAAGAUUAUAAGAAAAACGUAUCUGUAUCGGCUCCGUGUAUAUUGAUACACUCCUGUUAUUACUUAAAUAAAAACACAGCAUUUGACGUCUUA